GGCAGUGGCGGCGGAGGCGGUGGCGGUGGCAUCAUUCGGUUGCUGGACCCGGAGGUGGGCCGUGACAACCCCGCGGAGCUGAAGGCUCAGAAGCUGGCUCGGGGGCUGCAGCGGGGCGUGCUGGACAGGGACCUCAAACCCAACAGCGAGGAGAGGAAGAAACUGCAGGCCAUAUUGAAGCUGCCCCCCAACAAGCCGCUCCAUGCGGAGGAGCGGGCACUGCUGUGGCGCUUCCGUGCCUCCCUCACCGCCGACACCCGGGCCCUGACCAAGUUCCUGCAAUGUGUGGACUGGAGCGACGCGGCGGAGGCCAAGCAGGCUGCCGAGCUGAUGCGGCAAUGGGCCCCCAUCAGCGCCGCUGACGCUCUGGAGCUCCUGUCCCCGGACUUCAGGGCUGAGGUGGUGCGGGAGCAUGCAGUGAAGGCGCUGCAGGUAGAGGUAGAGGUAGAGGAGAGGCGCCAGUACCUGCUACAGCUGGUCCAGGCCCUCCGCUACGAGGCGGCGGACGGCUCCAGGCUGGCCAGCUUCCUGGUGGCCCGGGCGGCGGAGGACCCCGCGCUGGCGAUACAGCUGCACUGGUACCUGUUUUGUGAGCUGGACGACCCGGGGUUCGGUCAGCGGGCUCGGGCCCUGCACAGCUCCCUGCUGGACGCCCUGGAGCGGCGGGCGGGGCCUGUGGGGCUGGCGGUGAAGAACACCAUUCGGAAACAGGUGGACCUGGUGAAGCAGCUCAAGGCGGUGAUCCGGGAGCUCAAGAGCGCCAAGAUCAAGGCUGCUCGCGCCACUGAGCGCCUCCGGGAGAUGAUAUCCGAGUCGGGGCCGUGUGGGGAGCUGACCGCCCUUCGAGUGCCCCUGCCGCUGGACCCAAACAUAGUGCUGGCAGGGAUAGUGCCAAAGGAGUGCGCCGUCUUCAAAUCGGCGAUGAUGCCCCUGAAGCUGUCCUUCCGGAUUGAGGCAGCGCCCUUCAAUUGGCGCGCUCCCCCAACCCCCCCGGCGGCGGAGGGCGGUGUCGGGGGCCCGGGGCUGGCCCGCGGCACAGCGGCCAGUCCGCAUCCGCACCACCACCAACAACAACAUCACCACAUCCUCCUGCCGUGGCAACAUCACCACUCGCCUGUUGGCGGGGCCGCCGGCGGCAGUAGCCACCACAGCGCGGGGGCAGGAAGCAGUAGCAGCGGCCAUCAUCGCCAUCAACACGGGCCAACCGCGGAUCCGCUGUCGCUACUGCCGACGAGGACGGGGAUUGUGCAGGCGCCGGCAGGCGCCGGCGGCGGCAGCGGCUCCGCCGCCGCGGCGGCGGUUACGAGUGCCAGCUCACACCACGGCCAGCACCCGGCAGCGGUGGCGGCGGCCCUGCCGCCGCCGCCGUACGGAGCUCCUGGACCUAUUUUGGACGGUUACCGGUGCUGGCUGAUUUACAAGAAAGGCGAUGACCUCCGACAGGACCACUUCAUCCUCCAGAUGAUCAGCCUGAUGGACCGGAUGUUGAAGCGCGAAAACUUGGACCUGCGCCUUACGCCGUACAAGGUCCUGCCCACAAGCUGUGAUGACGGACUCCUCGAGUUCGUACCGUCCGUACCGCUGUCUGCCGUACUGGCCGAGCAUCGUACCAUCCAUCGCUUCUUGGCGCUCACGCAGGCCGACCCCACGGGACCUUUCGGUCUUCGUGGGGAGGUGGUGGAGACGUUCGUACGCUCCUGCGCCGGCUACUGCGUGAUGACGUACAUACUGGGUGUGGGGGAUCGCCACCUGGAUAACCUCAUGCUCACAAAUGACGGCCGACUCUUCCACAUCGACUUUGGGUAUAUCCUGGGCAACGACCCCAAGCCCUUUCCUCCGCCUAUGAAGCUGUGCAAGGAGAUGAUCGAGGCCAUGGGCGGUCAGGGCAGCGAGUACUACAAGCAGUUCCGUAUGUUCGCGUGCGAGGCCUACAACAUCUUGCGCAAGCGAGCCGAUUUGAUUCUGUCCCUGUUCCACCUGAUGGCGGGAGCCUCGAUAGAGGCCAUCCGGGCGGACCCCGAGAAGGCCAUUCUCAAGCUGCAAGACAAGUUCCGACUGGACUUUGACGAUGAGGCGGCCGUGGAGUGGAUGCAGGGCCUUAUCAACGAGUCAGCUACGGCGCUGCUGCCACAGCUGGUGGAGACAACGCAUCGCUGGGCGCAGUACUGGCGAUGA